AACACAGAGAAGGAAUCACGUCUGGCAUCUCGAUGCAGACGACGACGUCGACGCGACGCGUUGGUCAGAUUCAGUCUACGAAGAAACGUGAAUCACUAAACUAGUGCUCCCUAGCAGAGGAUUGUUUCGAAAACAUUAGUUUUAAACUAUGAUAACGUGUGGCACGGGUGGCAGAAAAUAAUGUCAACCAUAGCAGACGGCACCCGCGACCAGCUGCAGACAUUUCUGUAUGCCUGUGUGUAUCUUCCGCAACACAUGUUCCUGUGGAUUUUGCUGCUGUCAGAGAUUAGAUACUACCGACGCCAUACGCUCCGUAAAGACAUUCGAAGCAACUUGACCAACCGAGAUUUUUGUAUUUUGGCCACAAAAGGUGUACUGAGUGUCAUACUUAUAGUUUUCGUGAUUUUUAACGUGGGAAGACCCGGAACGCAUGCGGCAACACGUCUGAUUGAGACAUUUUCUUACUUUGCGGCCUUAUCAUUACUGCAUCAGAGCGUCCAAUACAAUGUACGGGAUCAGACGUUCCUGCUUUGCUUCUGGUCACUGGAAUUGUUGAUCAAUUGCAUACGUGUUGUUGAUCGGAUUUCAUUGGGCGGCAUACUUUUUAUAGCACUGCAGCUAGCACUUUUACUAUUGCUAGUGUAUCCUACAUUGCUUGAACAGGAUGAGUCACCGCCGAUACAGCCAAACUGGAUACGGCAAGUAUGUUUUACUUGGUUCGCCUGUGUGCAUCACAAGAUUCGCCAUUCAAAACCGGAUGAUGAACUGGGUGAGCCGACCGAGGAGUUACAGUGUCACCGGUUGAUUCAAAUGUUCCGCACGGGUGGUGUUUCGCGAGGAGAGUAUGACUCAAUUGCAGUUAACGAGCCACCGUCCCUUCCCAACAUAACGCUGUGGAAUUUACUGAAACCAUUUGUUCACGAUUUUGUGUGGACUGGAGCUAAUCGAUUGGUUUUGAUUAUAUUUUUUUUUGUUUGUCCAUUUUUGCUAAGGCAGAUCCUGCGAAGCGACGAAUCAACCGCAUCAGUCGAUAAGCAUUCCUAUGUCAUCAGUAUCCUUUUCGUAUCGUUGGUGAUUGCCGUUUUGAAUGGACAAUACUUGUAUGAAUCGCAGAAAAUUGGACUCAAGAUCAAAUCUCUCGUGUUGGUUAUGAUUUACGAAAAGUCAUUGAAAUUGAAGACCCUCAGAGAAGCGGACGUUACCCUACUAACGCUUGAUUCGUCUGGCUUCGUGGAUUUAGUGCCCAACUUGCAUGUGCUCUGGUCAGGACCAAUCAUCAUUAUCGUGUCAGUAGUAGGAUUAGUUACCAUUCUGGGAAGGUCGGCUUGGAUCGGGGUGUUAACGAUGAUUAUUACGAUUUGCCUAACGAAGAAAAUCACCGAGAAGCUUCGGCUGCUACAGAAGGACUUGAUGAGUCGAAAAGAUCCACGCAUUUCCAGUACCAACGACGUCGUUGGAAUGAUGAAACAAGUCAAAUUUUUCUGUUGGGAGAGCAUCUUUCAACGCCGGAUCCUUCAGUAUCGUCACCUGGAACUCCAGGUAUUGAGACAAGUUAUGUACUGGGACGCACCAAAGUAUUUAUUAGGAAUUAUCACACCUCUUGUGGUAUCGCUAGCUACUUUCGCAGUUAUGCUUCUAAUCGGGCAUGUUGCGUUAUUAACACUGGAGUCGCUGUUCGUGUCGAUUGUGCUAUUUAACAUUUUAAAAAAUCCCCUUUCCGUCCUGCCGCACCUUUCCUCAACCUGGUCCGCUACACAAGCAUCCAUUUCUCGAAUCAGAGAAUUUCUAGCCGCGGAAGAAGUUAGACCGCUUGCGGUGCAGAAACCGGAACAGAGGUCAAGCAACUUGUCUGAAACUAUCGAGGAAGUGCUGGGUGCUUGUAGAAAAACAUUGGACUCUCCAGCAAUCUGUGUGCAGGGAGCAAAAUUAUCCAGCAAUGAAAAAGUAAUCUUAAGCUCAAUUGAUUUGCAAAUACAGCACGGAUCCCAUAUAAUUGUCACAGGUCCGGUUGGUUCUGGAAAGACUUCGCUACUAAGAGCAAUCCUUGGUGAACUGUCUGGUGGUGCUGCCCACACAGUUGGACAGAUUGCAUAUAUCUCACAAGAACCGUGGAUCCUUAACCGAUCUUUUCGGGAAAAUAUUCUGUUUGGUCAAAAAUUCAAUCAACUUCAUUUUGAGAACACAAUAAAAGCUUGUGCGCUGGUUUCUGAUUUAAACACGUUUGAUUGCGGAUUGGAUACGAUGAUUGGAGAGAAGGGAAUCACCGUUUCCGGUGGACAAAAGCAACGAAUUAGUUUGGCACGGGCUGUUUAUCAAAACGCUGAUUUGUACCUGCUAGAUGACCCGCUUAGCUCGGUUGAUGAAGAAGUCUCGAACCAUAUUUACAGUAAGCUAUUCUGCGAAGAAGGAAUGCUAGUUGGUAAAACGGUUGUGAUGGUUACACAGAACAAAAAUCAUCUGCGAUCUGCUGAUUCGAUAUUGAUAAUGCAAAACGGCCGAAUCUCUGAAACGCUUACCUACGAAUCUUAUCGACACAAAUAUUCCAGCGUCGAAAAACUGAUCACAGCUAAAACAAUAGAAGCUGAUAGCUUGGAAAUUACGUACCGCAAUGUAAAUCGCCUUGCAGCAGGUGAAAAACUCGUUCCUACUACUAAGAACAAACUUUCACCCAAAAUAUAUUGGUCAUAUUUUUCAAUGCUUGGUCAGCUCCCAUUAGGAACAAUCUUGCUGCUGAACAUUGCCAUUCCCAUUCUCGACAUAUAUUCAACCGUUUGGCUUUCCGAAUGGUCGACAGUCGACCACCAAGCACCAACGACUAACAACAGAUACUAUUUGGGAAUUUACGGUGUAUUUAUUAUAGGACUCACAUUGUUCCUAACACUAAACAGUAUCCUAACCACAGUGCGAGGCAUCACCGUAGCAGAAAAACUCCACCGUAGCCUCCUGCAGAACAUCAUUCACCUACCGAUGACGUUCUUCGAUCGCAUCAGCUCGGGUCAGAUUAUGAAUCGCUUCUCCAGUGACCUUGAUGUCGUUGAUUCUAGGAUUGCCGCUAAUUUUCGCGAUUUCGUAACCAGUUUAUCGAGCGUCAUUGCCAUUUUGAUCCUGUUUUGCUGCGCCACCAGCUACAGCCUGGUGAUUGUUUUGGCUGCAAUUUUAACCCCCUACUAUUACCUGCUGGUGUACCACCUGGAAACUUCACGGCAGCUCAAACAUCUGGAAGCAGACAGUAAAGCCGCGCUUAUUUUGCAUUUCAACGAAUCUCGUGAAGGUAGAUCGACGAUUCGCGCUUAUCAGCAAGAGCAUCAUUUUUUACGCGAUUUCUGCGCAAUCGUCGAUCGUCAUCAGCAUUACUCACAGCUGUACAUUGCAUCGGGUCGUUGGCUCGGGUUACGGUUAGAACUAAUCGGUGCGGUCGUGAUCUAUUUUGUAACUUUGAUGGCCGUUCAUAAUCAGAAACUGAUCGGUGCUUCCAAUGUUGGAGUUAGCAUCAGCUAUGCUUUUCGUUUGAUUCCACUUUUGAAUGCACUGAUUCGAGUAUCAGCACUGCUAGAGGAGAACGGAACUUCGCUUGAUAGAAUCAAUCAGUAUUUGAAGGAAAAUGAUGAGGAUAAAUGUGCAGGCAAAAAUUAUCAACAGGUUGAUUCAGCUUGGCCGGAACAAGGAAAAAUAGAGUUCAUCAAAUUCAAUAUGAAUUACAAUAAUCAUUGCUAUGCAUUGCAGGACAUAACGAUCACGGUAGAGGCACAGGAAAAAAUAGGAAUCGUUGGACGUACCGGAGCCGGUAAAUCCAGCUUGAUCAGCGCACUAUUUAGAUUGUAUCCUUUGCUCACGAAUGGAACGAUCUUGAUCGACGGAAUCAACAUUGAUCGGAUUCCGUUGAAUAAACUGCGAAGCAGGCUGUCAAUCAUUCCGCAAAAUCCAUCGCUCUUCCCCGGAACAGUCAGAGAGAAUCUCGACCCAAAUGGAGAACAAUCGAACGAUCACGCACUAUGGCGGGUAUUGGAGUCCUGCCAUUUGAAGCAGCUGAUUGCAUCGUAUCCCGGUCAGUUGGACGCCCGAAUUGAUGAGCGCAAUGCGAAGAUGUCAGUUGGACAGAAGCAGCUGCUUUACUUAGCUAGGGGAAUUUUGCGCAACUCUAAAGUAGUCAUACUAGACGAAGCGACGUCGGCAAUGGACGUGCAUACGGAAAAUCGAGUUCAACAGGUAAUUCAAAGUACGUUCAGGCACUGUACCGUACUGACUAUCGCCCACCGGAAGAAUACCAUUCAGCUGGCGGAUCGCGUACUUCAUAUGCAGCAGGGCAGAGUCGUAAAGUUUGAUAAACUUUGUCACUUUGACGAGCGGGAUCUAAUGGAAUUGUGAGAAUACUGGGAUGUGUUUUAUCUAUAAUCGACCGUUCGAAAUGUUUGUACUUAUUUAGGUUAAACAGAAACAGAAUUUGUAGUUUUUGAUGAAGUGCGUUUAUAAUUUAAAAAUUAUUUUCUAGAUUUAAUUUGUAUUCAAA